AUGGCUGGAAGGCGCCUUCUUCAGGGUCUCACAUCGCCUUGGUCGAUUGGAUUCUCGACGUUUGGAUUGGCGUAUGGUGGAUACCAUAUUUGGGACUCAACACAAUCCGGCGCCAAAUAUGAUCUACACGAGAAUUUGGCGGGAAAAACGUACAUUGUGACGGGCGCGACGUCGGGCAUCGGACAGGCGACGGUUGAGGAGCUGGCGAAGCGAAACGCGCGAGUCAUCAUGGCUUGUCGAAAUCGCGAGAAAUGUGUGCAAGUGCGACGCGAUAUUGUGUUGAACACCAAGAAUAAACAGGUUUAUUGCCGUCAAUGCGAUUUGGAGGAUUUUGAAAGCAUUCGGGCGUUUGUGCAGAAAUUGAGCAAAGGCAAAUUCGAGCUGGAUCGGAUUGAUGGUGUUGUGCAUAAUGCGGCGGUGAUGUCGAAUGAGAGAAAAGUGAAUAAGGAUGGCAUUGAAAAAACGAUUGCGACGAAUCAUUUCGGCAACUUCUUGCUGACCGGACUCCUUCUCGACAAGCUUCUGGCUCAGGACCAUCCGGUUCGGCUGGUGUUCCUCAACACGAACAUCAUCGAUAGGAAAUGCGAGUUGAAGCUGGAUGAUCUGAACGCGGAGAAGGCGAAGAAGUAUGAUGGCUAUGAGGUUUAUAAGCACAGCAAAUUGGCGAAUGCGAUGUUUGCCAAAGAAUUGGCCGAACGAUUGAAAGACACCAACAUUAGCGUGUUUGUGGCGGAUCCGGGCCGAACGAAAUCGAAUUUGUCGGCGCAAAUGGACGCGCAGACGUUUUUCCUGAGCCGUUGGCUUCUGAAAAUUGUGAGCUUCGGAAUGGGCGAGCGGCGAACGGAGAAGGCAGUGCGGCCGGUUUUGUACGCGUUGUGCGAUCCGGCGAACGACGGAAAAUCGGGAAUAUUCUUUGAUCGUGAACGAAAUGUGCAAUCUUGGAAUGAGAUUACUCUUGAUGAGGCGAAACGCGCCAAAUUGUGGGAUGUCAGCGAAUCGUGGUCGAGAUUGGCAACGCAUUUUCAACAGUUGAAAAAUGAGAUUGGCGAAGCGGCGGUUGGUCUAAAUGAAGCUCCAACUGUUGAGAAUGCGACGAAAGGCCGAAAUUGGAAGCGACUUUGGCUCUGUUUGGCUAUUAAUGCUGGUUUGAGCCUUCUGGGCGGAAUUAUGUGCUAUCGACUAAUCGUCGACUAUAUUCCAAUAUUUAUACAGCGGAAAAUGUAUGGGAAUGAUCAGUGCAAGGUAAGCAAUGAUCCGAUUCCGGAGCCGAUGGGCGUCAUCUGCGCGGCGGUCUACCUCAUCAUAAUGUUUGUCUUCAUUCCGGCGCCGUUCAUCGAAUGGGUUGGAUACGGGUCCGAUUUUCCGCACGCGAAACUGAUGGCAAUUCUGUCGGGCCUCAUCUCGAUCAGCACCGCGAUUCUUCUCGGCUUCGCCGACGACGUGCUCGAUCUCCGCUGGCGCCACAAAUUGUUGUUUCCGACGCUCUCAUCGCUGCCGCUUCUCAUGGUCUACUAUGUUUCCGGCAACUCGACGACUGUCAUCGUGCCGACGAUUCUUCGCAAAACGCUGAUGGCGUAUUUCGACGUGCCGCCCACUUCCAUCGACAUUUCGUUCGCCUAUUAUGUAUUCAUGGGAAUGGUGAUUGUGUUCUGCACCAACGCGAUCAAUAUACUCGCUGGCAUCAAUGGACUCGAGUCCGGACAGGCUUUGGUGAUUUCGCUCAGUGUGAUCACGUUCAAUUUUGUGCAAUUGGUCCGCGUCGACGACCAAUUUUGGCAUCAUUUGCUCUCGUUGUACUUUUUGAUGCCAUUCACGGCAUGCACACUUGUCUUGUUCUACUUUAAUCGGUAUCCGUCGGUGGUGUUCGUUGGCGACACAUUUUGCUAUUGGGCUGGAAUGACGCUGGCCGUUGUCUCGAUUCUGGGACAUUUCAGCAAGACGCUGAUGCUUUUCUUCAUUCCACAAACGUUCAACUUUUUGUACUCGAUUCCACAAUUGUUCCAUUUUGUGCCGUGCCCGCGCCAUCGAUUGCCCAAAUAUGACCCGACGACAGAUACGGUGAGCAUGAGCAAGGCGCAAUUCAAAUCAUCGGACCUUCGUUUGAUUGGGAAAUUCUCGCUGAAAAUUUUUGAGGCAUUUGGGCUUUUGCACGUUGAGGAAAUCGAGAAAGAUGGCGAAAAGUACAUGGAGAUCAAUAACCUGACGCUCAUCAAUUUGGUGCUGAAAUUCGCUGGUCCGAUGCAUGAAGCUGACCUGAGCUUGUACCUACUCGGAAUUCAGCUCAUGUGCUCGGCACUCGCCUUCUUCAUUCGAUUCUAUUUGGCUUCUUUGGUAUCGACAUGCCAACAAUGCGAGGAUUCCAUGAAUCCGUCGUCGACGCCAUCUGAAAGCCGCGGACUUCUUGCCGGUGAGUCCCGAUUUCGUUCUGUCGUCCUUGUCACCUCAUUCGCCGAAUUCUGUGUGUUCCCGGUAAUUCAGAGAAAGUGGGAGAAAGCUUAG